AUGGCUACCACGAUCUUGCUCUCGGCAUGCCUUGCCCUACAAGCAGCAGCCAAAACAGUCAGAUCACCCACACCUCCUAUGGGAUGGAACUCGUACAACACCUGGAACUGCUUGCCCUCUGAAGAGAAGAUCCACGAGAGUGCCCACGGCCUCAUCGACCUUGGUCUGACCAACGCUGGCUACAAUUUCGUGACAGUUGACUGCGGCUGGAACGCCCAUGAUCGAGACGAAGAGGGGAGACUUCAAUGGAACGAGACCCUCUUUCCAUCUGGUGGCAAGGCACUCGGAGAUUAUCUCCAUGACCUGGGUCUGGACUUUGGUCUUUACUCAGGCGCUGGGUAUCUACAGUGCGGGUCAGAAUCGCUACCUGCGAGUCUGGGGUACGAACAACUAGAUGCGGAGAGUUUCGCUCAGUGGGGAGGAGAUAGCCUCAAGUACGACAACUGCUACUCUACUUCCAACACAACGAUGGUCGACUCCAGCUCCGCAGAAGCUCAAUCACCAGCACGUUUCCAACACAUGGCGGCCGAAUUAGAUGCGGCAGACCGCGACAUACACUACUACGUCUGCCAGUGGGGAAUUGGCACUGACGUCGGUGACUGGGCUGCUGAGGUUGGCAACACCUGGCGAAUCAGCAACGACAUCUACAAUGGCUGGCGCAGCAUCUGGCGGAUCACCAAUCGGGUCGUCCCAUACUUCAGGCAUACCACUGCUGGUGCAUUUGCAGACAUGGACAUGCUGACCGUGGGCCUCAAUGCCCUUUCUGAAGAGGAAGAGCGCUUCCACUUUGGCAUGUGGGCUAUCAACAAGUCUCCUCUCAUUAUCGGCGCCGCCCUCGAUCCCGAACGCAUUAGUCAGAGCUCUCUAGACAUUCUCUCGAACAAGGAAGUCAUUGCCAUCAAUCAAGACCCACUUGCUCAGCAAGCCAUGUUGGUCCGUCGCGAUACUGAGAACGAAUGGGAUAUCUGGAUGGGAAAACUCUCGGGAUCUAAGCAGGUGUUGGGAGUCGCGAAUUGGAAGAACGACUCCCAAGCCGUAGACUUUGAUCUGGCAACACUGGGCAUAGCUUCGGCUGAUGUGCGCGAUGUCUGGGCUGCGAAGGAUCUUGGUACCUUGUCUGGUGCCCAGACGGCUGACUUGGCCGGACAUGAGCUGCGACUAUGGGUUCUAUCCAACAUCGUCGCAGCCGCCCCUCUCACCUCCGACUCGUACCAUUCCGCUGCUAAUGCGUCGCUUUCCGGACCAGCACACAACUUCUCCUGCGCGUCCGGCGCAUGCCUUCCCGCUGGCUCGAAGAUUGAGUACAUCGGCCGCGCCAGCAGCGUCAUGUUCGCCAACGUCAGCUCGCAGUCCACUGGCAAGAACCUCAUGGGCAUCGACUUCGUCAACUACCACUAUGCAUUUACCACUGCAUGGGAAUGGGGCGACAACACACGUAACAUGACCAUCGCAGUCAAUGGUGCUGAGGCGAAGCGAUGGGCCUUCCCUCUCUCUGGUGGCGAUUGGGAGGAGAGUCUACGACUGCAGAUAGAGCUUGAUGGCUUUGUGGAGGGUACAGAGAACAUGAUCGAGUUCCGAGGGUACGGAGACAGUUUUGGGCCGGAUCUUGUCGGCUUCGAGAUCCUGAACAGCGCUUAG